GAAACCUUCCACGUUGUGUAGUGCCCAGGUGUCCUUCCCAUGUACAGGUAGCCAUGUGGAUCGUGGUGAUUUUGCUCGGCUGCUUAACGCUCGGAGGGCUGCCAUGGGCGGGCGGCUCGUGCCCAUCGCAGUGCAGCUGCGCCUUCCACAGCCUCAGCGAAGGGACGAAAGCCAGGACAGUGCUGUGUAAUGACCCAGAGAUGACCCUCACUCCCGUGAACAUCCCUGUAGAUACAUCUAAGCUUCGGAUAGAAAAGACAGCCAUCCGCAGGGUGCCAGGAGAGGCUUUCCACGCCCUCCACAACCUGGAGUACCUCUGGAUGCCCUAUAACUCCCUGGCCAGCCUAAGUGGGAUCACCUUCAAGGGCCUUCGUCGCUUGCAGGAGCUGAGGCUGGAUGGGAAUGACUUAAUAUCAUUCCCCUGGGAAACCCUGGCUGACAUGCCACAGCUAAGGCUUCUGGAUUUACACAACAACGAACUUACCUCAAUCCCUCCAGAUGCUGCUCGUUAUGUCAAAAAUAUCACAUACCUGGACCUGUCUAGCAAUAAGCUGAUGACUCUUCCUCAGGCUCUUAUUGCCACCUGGGCCAACCUCCAGGCUGUUCCUUACUUCCCCAAUGAUAACUCCAAGAUCAUCCUAGGCUUGCAAGACAAUCCUUGGGUAUGUGACUGCAGUCUGUAUGAAAUGGUCCAUUUCCUAAAUUUCCAGUCUCCUAACAUAGCGUUCAUUGAGCCCAGGCUGAAAUGCUUCACCCCCCGGAGCCUUGCAGGAGUCUUUUUCAGCCAAGUGGAGCUAAGGAAGUGUCAAAGCCCCGUUGUACAUACGUCCGUAGCCAAAGUAAAGACCAUCCUGGGCAGCACUGUGCUACUGCGAUGUGGGACAACGGGGGUGCCCAUUCCUGAGCUCAGCUGGAGAAGAGCUGAUGGUGCUCAACUAAAUGGCACAGUUCACCAAGAGAUUUCCAGUGAUGGGAUGAGCUGGUCUAUUCUGGGCCUGCCUGUAGUCUCUUAUCUCGACUCUGGAGAGUACAUCUGUAAAGCAAAGAAUUUUCUGGGGGCAACAGAGGCGUUCAUAUCUCUCAUUAUCACAGACUCAGAAAGCACGGAUGACCCCAACUCUAAUGCCAAAGGUGCGUGGAGCGGGAAGGCAAGCGGGAUGGAAGCUGCUGCCUACAAUGACAAGCUAGUGGCAAGGUACGUUAUCACCACCUCCACUAUGCCUACCCUGGGGGCUGGAGCGGGCACCGGAGAGGGCCUCCUCCUCCCAGAUGUGGCACAAGAGAGCAACCCCAGAAACCUGCUGGUGAGCCCGCCUACUGGUCAGCAGGAGCCGGAGCGAAUGGUGAGGUCCGUCAGGGUGAUAGGAGACACCGACCAGAGUAUCACCCUGGCCUGGAAGGCACCUCUGGCAAAGAACACAACAGUGUUCAGUGUCCUCUACGCCAUCUUUGGAGAGAGAGAUAUGCGGCGGAUCAAUGUGGAGCCAGGGAAGACCAAGGUCACCAUUUAUGGGCUGCUGCCAAAGACCAAAUACAUCGUGUGUGUCUGCGUGAAAGGGCUGAUCCCCAGGAAGGAGCAGUGCAUCAUAUUUUCCACAGACGAAGUUGUCAGUGCAGGAGGGACCCAGAAGCUCAUCAAUGUGGUUGUCAUCAGCGUGGCAUGUGUCAUUGCUGUUCCUCUGACGCUUGUGGUCUGCUGUGGAGCACUGAAAAGGCGCUGCAAAAAAUGUUUUGUGCGGAAACCCAAGGAAAUUCAGGAGUCAUAUGUCACCUUUGAAAGCCUGUCUCCUGGGGCCAAGGCAAAAGGUGUGGAAGGAGAAUACUUGACUAGACAUACCCCUGAUGAGUCAAACAGGCUGCUGUCUGCCCGAUCAAGCGUGGACUCAGAAGCAAUACCAAAGAUAGAGGGGCAACCUAACGAAUACUUUUGCUGA